CGGCCCACGCCAGCGCGGUUAACCGCCGAGUGCACCCCUCCCUCCCCGCUACAGGUGCAUGAAAUGACAUCACAUCCCGACACUGACUCGCGAUUGUCUUUAGCAGACGACCAAGAAUGUUGAUGAAGUGCGGGCAAAAGUUUCAAACUCGUGCUUUCAGUUGAUGGCCACUUAGUGGAAGGGUGGAUCGACUGAGUGGAGGGGUGGAUCGUAUUAGUAGAGCGGUGGAUCUAAAUCACCGUGUGGCCCGUGUGUAGUGUGUUACAUAACGGCGGUGUGUUUCUGGAUUAUUUGGAUUACACGAGAUGCCGGAUUUAAUCCACCAGGUGAUGUAGUCGUCUCGACAGACUGAGCUGAGAUGGAUUUGAACCAGGAGACCACCAUGAACACAACUGGCAACAGCACCCAGUUCGUGUACACUGGCGCCACCAUCGUCUCCCCCAUCCUGAUGUGUCUGGCUGGACUGGUGGGCAACAUCCUGGCCCUGAAGAUCCUCCACAGGAGCCGCAUGGAGUCCCAGAGGUUGAUGUUCCACAGUCUGGUGGCGGGGCUGGUGUGGAACGAUCUCAUCGGCAUCGUCCUCACCACACCGGUCACGCUGGCGUCGUACAUUAACGACAUUCAGAUGCCCGGGGGUCAGCACCUGUGCAGGUUUAACGGAUUCAUCAUGAUCUGCUUUGGGCUGACCACGCCCCUGAUUGUGAGCGCCAUGGCCAUCGAGCGGUUUCUGUUCGUCAAGUACACCUUCUUCUACACCAAACACUGCGCUCCUGGGGCCGCGCGCCUCGUCAUGCUGGUCAUCUGGGGCUUCGUGCUCUUCUUCGGUCUGCUGCCCAUGUUCGGCUUCGGUGAAUACGUCCUGCAGUAUCCAAAGACCUGGUGCUUUCUCAACUUCCGGACGAGCAAUCCCGUGACCGCGGCCUACGGCUACCUGUACUCACUGCUGAACCUGCUGCUGGUGCUGGUGAUGGUGGUGUGUAACCUGGUGGUUGUGGCCACACUGGCGCGGGUUCGAGACUACCGCAGGAAACACAGCACAGGCAGCACCAACAGCGUCAUCAUGGCGGACUCGGUGCUGGAGGACACGGCUAGACAGCAGGCCAUGGCCAAGAGAAGAAAACAGAAAGACAUCGAGCUGCAGAUGAUAGUCGUCAUGUGCGCCAUCACCACCAUCUUCGCCGUCUGCUGGGCCCCGCUCAUGAUCCACAUAGCCGUGACUCUAGCUGUGGGCAACACGAACGACGUGUUUGGGCUGGUAGCCGUGCGGCUGGCCAGCUUGAACCAGACCUUGAACCCGUGGCUCUACGUCAUCCUCCGGCGGGCCCUCAUCAUCCGGGUCAAGAGGUACUGCUGCCGCUGGAGGAGGUGUUGUAGGAGGAGGCAGACACUCAGCACCGUCCCCGUCGGACGACGCCAUCAGUACGUGCACGUGAGGAACCAGCUGUGUCACCGGAACAACUUUGUGGGCGGUGACGUGGACGAGUCGUUAACUGACAGCAUGAGGAAGUCCAUCCAACUGGCCAUCCCAGCCGCCAUGUCCCUGCCUGACGUCAUGAUGGUCAACACUGGCCGCAGAGAUCUGGACAUGCUGCCCGACGUGGCCAGGGCCCAGUCCUACGGCGGCAGGGUCUCACACAGUCACAGCGUCGGCAACGUCGGCAAUGUCAAGGCCAUGUGCCACGAAUGUUUCUUGGAGCGGUGUGGGCACCAGGAGGGCGAGAUGACGCUCCUGAGCGAGAGGGACGACAUCCCGCCGUGUCCGGCUAACUCCAGCGCCGAGCACAGCCAACUUGUCUUUGGCAACGGACGAAUCGCCUUCACGCAGGAUGAGCCGUCUGUGAACUACCUGCACAAGUUUUACCAGACCCGUCCGCACAGUGGCCCGCAAGGUAAGCCCACCAACAGCCGCACCCCUGGGCUUAAAGAUGGCGCCGCCCAAACCAAACCCCCGCCCGGGGCCUGUGAACACAGCGCGGGGGUGGUCAGGAAAAUGUCCAAGAAAGAUUUCGAGCUCAGCUCAUCCCGUGACACGUCACAUCCUGUCUACGUCUGGUCACGUGACUCCCGCCUGUCCCAGCACAUGCACAAGCCUCGAGGUCCGAUCAAGUCCAGCGCGAGCGUCAGGUCGGCCUCUGGCGGGAAGUCGGGGCUGCAGACCAGCAGGUCAGCAGACGGCGUCACGCAGGGCCUGGGCUCGCCCGACACUCGCAGACGUGCCGAAAGUUCAAGGUCAGCUCACAAUGACGUGGAGCACGCCAACGGUUUCCUUGACGACAGCCGGGACUACGAUGACGUCUUUGACGACACACUCGAUGACACACGAAGGGACACAACCACAGACGGCUUUUCCAGCAUUCGCACUGACUCCACGUGCUUGAACUUUUCAGAGGCCACGGCCUUGACACCGGGGCACGGUCGUCUCCCGUUGGUCAACAAGUUGGAGGUCAUCCAUGAUUCUCUAGAAUGUUCCAUACCAAACAACUCAGACCAUUUACUAGCCACUGACGGCCAACUCAACUCUAGCAGGGCGGCAACACAGGUGGCCACACAAGGGGCGGCCACUUAUCUGGCCACAAACAGCACUUUUGAUUUCCAGUCCCCAAAUGGCCUUGACCUUUACAAAAAUGGCGGCUACGAAGGGUCAGAGAGCAGCGAAUCAGCUGACGAGGACGAGGGCUCGUCUGGCGUGUUUAGCGCCGAGUCUCCAGUCAGGACCAGCAGAGAUCUGGGCGCCAGGGCCAAGUGGCUCAGGAAGAAGGAGUCGCAGUCUGACGUCACACACGAGGAGCGGCCCACGGUCAAGCAAAACGCAAGACGGGCCAAGUCCAAUAACUGAUAAAAUUAAAAUAACUUUGUGAAGCGACGGUUGUUUCCCCUGCUACGCUCAAAAUUUGGCCGCACUGUCUGUGUGGCGCACCACAAGCUGCUUCAGGAUCGUGAAUCUCGUACGAUUACGUCACCACGAGAGUUGGACGUGGUGUAGCUGUGAUGCCUUUGAUGUGCUCUCUGGGAUAAAAUCAAUCACUCGAUCGACGACAGAGCCACGUCUGGAGCCUAUUGAGCAUGUUGGCCACAUAAGAUCGGCCAUUUUUCAGUGUCAAUUCUUUCAGAAAUGUCAACAGAUUUUUUUGUAUUAGACAGACAUUGUCAGCUGUCGCCUACAAUAACUGAAUUGUGAAUAAUCAAUUAUGGCUUUAUUUUAAUGAUUGUGUUAUCUAUGUGUUAUAUAAUACUAUGUCGAGAUGCCUUGUAAUUAAAGCCUUCUGAUUUGGUUGUC